AUGACGAACGAUGCCAGUUACAACCACGGCCUCGCCUACGAGGGCGAAAAGACGCCCUUUCUUUCCGGGAAUGAACCAUUCUUCGACGACCUAGAGCACGCCGCCCACUCCCCGCCGUCGCCCGGUAUCCGUCUCCCAGCAUACCUAUCCCAGUACCGUCCCCGACAAUGGAGGACAUCCAAAACAAUAUCCAUACCCACCAUGCCGACGACAUCAACAAUAGGACCCGGUGCCCGCCGCGCCCUGUCUAACCUCCCCUUUCUCCUCCGCCGAACAUUCGUGUUCCUCCUUCCUAGUUUUAUCCAACCGCUGGUCUCGCCUACCCCGUCCUCUGGGUCGCAGCCGUCUGCCCGGCCCGGCCCGACGGCAUAUCUUGACGGUAUGCGGGGGCUGGCGGCGCUGAUUGUGUUUUUUUGUCACUUCCUCUACACCUCCUUCGUCAUCGCCCCCGGCUACGGCACGGCCCAAUCGCACUACCACCUCCCCCUCCUCCCCUUCAUCCGCCUCCUCUUCUCCGGCCCGCCCAUGGUCUGCCUCUUCUUUGUCGUAUCCGGCUACGCCCUCUCUCUCAAACCCAUCCGCCUCAUCUAUUCCCGUUCCCAUUCCCGUUCCCCCCCCUCGCAUUCUUCAGCUACGAAAAAAGACCCCGACGCCGACCUCCUCCGUACCCUAACCUCCUUCACCAUCCGCCGACCCCUCCGCCUCUUCCUCCCCCCCUUCCUCUCCACCCUCCUCGUGAUCCUCCUCGUCCACUUCGGCCUCUACGACGCCACCCGCCCCAUCGCCACCAACCCCGUCCUCUUCCGCAACGUCCGCGAACCCCACUUCGGCUGGGACGACUCUAUCCGCUCAUCCACCCUCUGGCAACUCAUCCGUGGCCCCUGGGCAAAAGACAUGUUCCGGUUUGUGCACGUCUGGGACUGGACGACGCCGUUUGGGGGCAGCACGGGGUUGGAUGUGCAUUUGUGGACGAUACCGGUCGAGUUUCGGUGUUCGAUGGUGGUGUUUUUGACGGUGGUCGGGACGGCGAGGUUGAGAGGGGGGUGGAGGGGGUUGGUGCUGGGGGGGUUGGCGGGGUUUGGGUAUGUGAGUGGGAGGUGGGAGAUGGUGUUGUUUUGGGCGGGGAUGGGGUUGGCGGAGUUGGAUGUUGUUAGGGGGGCGCAUGGGACCUCGGGGGGUUCUUUGGGUUCGGGUGGGGAGAAGGGGGGGAUGGUCAACAGCAGCAGCCGUACAUCCUCCCCCUCACCAACAACCCCCCUCAAACACCGUCACCGACACCACCACACCCUCCUCCACCGGGCCUUCAUCACAACCCUCAGCAUAACCGCCCUCUACCUGCUCUCCCAACCCGACGAAAACGGCGCCGAAACCCCCGGCUGGGUCUACCUGACCAGUCUCAUCCCCCAAUGGUGGACCGACGAGCACCGCUACUGGCAGAGCGCCGGCGCCAUCCUGUUCGUGUACGCCGUGGGACGGUCCCGCGGGUGGCAGCGGUUCUUUACGCUGCCGGCGAUGCAGUAUUUGGGAAGGAUCAGUUAUGCGUUGUAUUUGAUGCAUGGGCCGGUGAUGCACACGGCGGGGUAUGCGAUUCACCGGUGGGCGUGGGGGGUGACGGGGACGGAGGGGGCGUAUGAGGCGGGGUUUGCGCUGGCCGCGGUGGUGAUUGUGCCCGUGGUGAUUUGGGCGGCGGAUGUGUUUUGGCGGGUGGUGGAUGCGCCCGUUGUGAGGUUGGCGAAGUGGGUGGAGGUGAAGUGCUCGGUUGCGGAGUAG